UGAUUUUCAAAAGCCUGGAGAGACAGAGCCCAAAGAGUCUUAGCAUUGUGGGGAGCACUCCUGCUUUGGGAACUUGAGAGAGCCAACUCCCACUUCAGGUUGAGUGGGAGCCACACCUGAGAGGGGAAGGCCAGGUGAGCUGGCAGAGGAGGGACUUCCAGAAAGCAAGGAGGCCUUGAAGUCUAGCGGGGACAGACCAGAACCAGAACCAGGCAGACCUAAAUGGAAAGCCACCAGCAGCUGCGGGUUGACAGCGAGGCUGAAUCCUGCAGCCUGGAAGAUCUGAGGCGGCUGGCUCUCCUGCCCCGCCCCCAGGCCUUUGACCCUUUCCUAGUCCCUCCCCUGUCCUCUUGAGACACCUUUGACCGGUGAUAUCAUUGGGUCUGUCCCAGCGCAGACCCGGCCCGAGGCUGAGGCUGGAUUCCUGGAGGCUGCCAUGUUUUCCCUGCCUUCCCUCUCCUCCUGGCUCCCCAACUUCCCUUCCUUUGAGUGGGGUUCCAGUCUCUUCGACAGCCUCCUGCAAGGCCUGAUCGGGGCCCUUGGAGUCUCGGUUCUCAACAAUCUCCUGAAAGUUUACUUCUUCGUGGCCUGUGUCAAUGACCCCCAGCGGCAGCCCCAAAUGCAGCGGCUGCGAACGCAAUGGGCCUCCUUGGAGAUGGUGCAUCUGGCCGGUCUGGCUCUGUUCCUGACCGUGAUACGAGCCAGGGUAGCCGCCCUCGUGGUCUUGGAGUUCUCCCUCCGGGCUGUGUCCACAUUGCUGUCCCUGGGCAAGGGCUCCAGGGACAAGGAGCGGCUCCAGCUCUUCCUGGUGUGUCAGUUCUCCCUGGGCUGUGGGCUAAGCUGUGGCCUGAGCUUCCUACAGGAAGGUGCCCCACACCGCUCCCUAAACCUACUGCUGAGCCUAGGGCUGGCCGCACUCCUCGGCCUGGGCGCCCGGCGCCUAAACCGUCACAUCUGCAACCUCUAUGAGUUACACAGCAGCCAGCGCUACUGUGGGGUCUGCUUGGGCCUGCUAGCCAGCCAGCACGGGCUGCCCAGGUUCCUGGGCCGCGCUCUGGCGGUGGCCUUUGCUGUGAGUGAUCUAGCAGCUGUGGCCCUCAUCAACAAGGACUUCCUGAACACGUCAGAGGCCGUGCGGUUCUGGACUCCGCUCACCAUCUGCUACACGCUGCUGGUCAUCUACAUGCAGGAGGAGCAGCAGCACCGCUUCAGCCUACAGGGCCAGGUCCAGACGGUUCUGGUGCGCAUGGCUGGCCUCUUUGUUCUGUUGAUGACGGUGGGCCUCUGGCUGGACCUCCUGGGUAUCUUUGUCUCCCUUUUGGGUGAGCUAUGGUGCUUAGCAGGUAUUCGCGUCUUAAUCGACCUCUGCCAGAUACAGGGCUUUCCACCCCAGAGGCCUACAGUAACAGUAGCAGUAACAGCAGAAGGAGAAUCAAGACGGACAGGUCCAUGCGAGCCCCGGCCUUCCACACCUGCCCCAGCCAGAAGCCCGGUCCCCUCCUGACUUGCUCUGAGGAGGAUGUGAAGUCAGUUUCAGGCCUACAUGGGCUAACCACAGCAAGGUCUUGACCACAAGAUGUGGCCUGAAGGCCAAGUGGCAGAGCUGGUCCCCACCUAGACUUUUGGGCAGGCCAUGGAGGUGGGGUGGGGGCUCUGGAGAAAGGGGGUGACCAGGGCUGGGGAGCUAGAGAGGCGGGGACAUGAAUCCCUCUGUGUUGAAGACGGGCAGCUUCGCCAGACCCACUUUUCUUGGCCCAGCAAGAAGACAGAGGACAGUUGUGACCUCAGAAUGAGCCCUGCCCUUUGGUCACCCUUCCCCCCGCCUUGCUCUCAAGAAGACAAUAAAGGUGACUUUUCUCAA